GCACUGCUGAUGGACAGGAAUUUCAUGUGGGGACUUUUCUAGCUGAUGCAGCAUGCAUCCUCACAAACUACUGCAACACAAGUAAUCGCCAAAUAAACCGGUCCAUCAAGUGCUCUCAUCGAGUGGAGAGCGAAAUUUGUAUUGUUACUAAUCGGAGAAUACUGCUCGCACAGUUCUGCUCGAACCGUGAAGUGAUUUGGUUGUGUUUCCGAAGCGUGUGCGUGUGGAGUUUCGUAUCUCAUGUUGUGAUGUUCGAUUGCUUACGAUUCUUUUUCGAAAUUUUCCGAAUAAUGCCUCAUUUUAAAUUGAAAAAAUACGAAUAGCUGUGAAACGUUGUGUAUCGAAUAGUGAAUUGAGAAAAAUAUUCGCACAAAAGUUGAUUCGACCUGUCGCCAUCUUGUGUUGUGUUGAAUACAGAUUAGAAUAUCUGCACAAUUCGCUUUAUUGAAUGAUUGCUGUGUUUUAUCCGAUUGUAUAGGUGUGCGAUAGCCAUUAAGUCGAAGAAAGAUCUUUUUGUGAAGAAAUAAUAUACAGACAAUCGAAAUGUAUCCAUCGAAAACGAGACAGACGACAGCAGCUGGAGGCUCCCAUCCGAAGGAGGAAAUCUAUGACGACAAAUUAGCCACUGACAGUGAUGCCAUCGAUUCGGGCUUUUUAUCCGGACAGUUGAGUUCAGAUGAUUUUAUCAGUUCAACGGAGAUAGCCAAAAGCGAAGCACUGUCGGUAGAAAAAUAUUCGCACUCUACGAGUCAGAAGCCUGCGACCGCUGCUCGUGUUCACCAGGAGGAGGAUUCGCAAACGUUCGAUUCGGGAGUUGAUCUGGAAUCUAGUCAGCAGCCUCGCUCCAGCGAUCCCAAACUCGGGGACAAUGUCGGUGCACUGUGCGACAGUUUUGUUCAGCUGAAGAUGAACCAAAAGGUGGCGGGACAGUUCGAGAAGUAUUUCUACCAAAACGACGAUGGUGAUACAUACCUUCAUUUAGCCAUCAUCCACGAGGCAACCGCAAUCGUCACCGAGCUGUUACGCGUAGCUCGCCCGCCCUGGCUUGACAUUCAGAACGACUUUGGCCAAACGCCGCUUCAUCUGGCGAUUCUGACAGGACAGCCGAAAAUUGUCCGUCAGCUGGUAGCGGCGGGAGCCAAACUGGGACUCCGCGAUGUCGAAGGAAACACUCCUCUCCACUUGGCCUGUCUGCGCCGAAGGGUCGACUGUGUGAAGAAUCUGCUGACGCCAUUGAGCGUUAGCGAGCUGCAGAAAAUCAGUCCAGCUAUCCAAGCGCUAAUCAAAAUCCCACAAGAUCUCGAACAGUGGAAUUACGACGGUAAACGAUGUGUUCAUAUAGCAGCUGAAACGUCUGACAUUGAAAUUGUUCGAUAUCUGGUUAACGCUGGAGCCGACAUCAACUCAAGGGAGGGCAAAGCCGGCUAUACACCACUCCAUAUUGCAAUCGAAAUGUUCGACGAGAAGCUUGCAGUGUUUUUGCUCGAAAAAUGUCCAAAACUGCGUUUGGAGCAAACAACAUACGCCGGUCUCACCGCAUAUCAGCUUGCCGCGAUGCUACACAAUCAGAAUAUGCUGAAAGGGCUGAUAAGUCGUGGCGCAGAACAAUUGAGUCCUCCGGAGAGUGACAGUGAGGAAUACGACAGCGAAGAGGAUGAUCAGUAAUCGCAUCCUCCGCUGCUAAUUAGUUAGUUGAUAUCGCGCUGCUUGCAUAUAAGGCCUCAUACCAUCAUGGUGGCGAAGGUGGUGGCGCCGAGUGUAUUUCCUUUUGUACAGAUCGAAUGCGUGUCGUCAGUCUGGUUGUGGUGUGCGCGUCAUUUGUUGACUAGUUUUAAGAUAAAAAAAAUCCUUUUCAUUCUCAACGAGAAAAACACUUUUCUCGCGCUAAGCGUUAAUCAUGUUUGUGUAUCUCUAAUUGUGUGACUUUCGUUUUCAAAAUACUAAACACAUACACCCGCAUACUCUAUUACUUAAAGCUAAACGGUCGAAUAUUGGCUUCACGCCGAAUUAAUAAUAAUUGUUGCCUUGUUAUCGUCACAGAUGUCAUCAUUGUACGGAUCCAGUGCGUACGGCAAUACUUUCGCCGGACUUGCCACCAUCGAUGUGGCGUGAAGCGUUUCAGUACGACGAGUUGACAAAAAAAAAAACAAACAUCAGUAAUGUAUAUGCUAGCUUUUCAAUCUUAUUUGUGAUCAAAAUGAUUGCCUUAUUUCCACGUGUUUUAUAAUCGAAUUGUACGAUUACCUGCACUCAAUGGUAACAGUCAGAGGGGAACUCGAAAACAUGCUCCAUUACUGAAAAAAGCGAACUUAAAUAUUUAAAAAAUAUGAGAUUGCACACGCGCGACCAAUUGUGAAACGAGACUGAAUCUUAUGCAUGUUCCCCCAAACCCGUAAAGUUCGAUGUUCACCAUUGUCAGUAAUCGUACGUUCGUUGUUCUGGUUGAAAUUUUGUAUUAUUCGCGACUUUUUGGACAUGUAGUCUAGUUUUCGGGAUUAACCAAAAAACAAUUACUGAUGUCUAGCUUUGAUGUCAAAACACUGUUUUAGGAGAAAUUGGGAGACUAAUAGUAGAAAUAUUAGUUAUAUCGAGAAAAUGAUAAACGAAAAUUAAUUUGAAAAAAAAACUAAAAUAAUACGUAUAUUUAAGUUAUGUUAUUCUUUCCGUAUUUAUAUGCAAAAAUGCUGAUGAAAACUGGAAGGCACUAAUUACACGCGCUAGGGCAUCACAUUCGUCACACGAAUGUUUAUCAAUGUUUUGAGUCCGAAUAAACAAAAUAGAAUAUUUUUAUGAA